AGCGCGCGAGCGGGGCGGGAGCGGGCCUGGGAGUCCGGGGAGCCGGAGGGCAGCGAGCGGAGCGCCGGGGCGGCGGCGGCGGCGCGCGUGAUGGCUCCGGCCGUGGACCGUCAGGGCUACUGGGGCCUCACGACCUCCACGCUGGACUGGUGCGAGGAGAACUACGCGGUGACCUGGUACAUGGCGGAGUUCUGGAAUACAGUGAGUAACCUGAUUAUGAUUAUACCUCCAAUUUUUGGUGCAAUUCAGAGUGUUAGAGAUGGACUGGAAAAGCGGUACAUUGCUGCUUAUUUAGCACUCACAGUGGUAGGAAUGGGAUCCUGGUGCUUCCACAUGACUCUGAAAUAUGAAAUGCAGCUAUUGGAUGAACUCCCAAUGAUUUACAGCAGUUGUAUAUUUGUGUACUGCAUGUUUGAAUGUUUCAAGACCAAGAAUUCAGUAAACUACCAUCUGCUUUUUACCUUAGUUCUAUUCAGUUUAAUAGUAACCACAAUUUACCUUCAGGUAAAGGAGCCUGUAUUCCAUCAGGUCAUGUAUGGAAUGUUGGUCUUCACAUUAGUACUUCGAUCAAUUUAUAUUGUUACAUGGGUUUAUCCAUGGCUUAGAGGACUGGGAUAUACAUCUUUGGGUAUAUUUUUAUUAGGAUUUUUAUUAUGGAACGUCGAUAACAUCUUUUGUGACUCAUUGAGGAACUUUCGAAAGAAGGUACCACCUGUCGUAGCUGUUACCACACAAUUUCAUGCAUGGUGGCAUAUUUUAACUGGCCUUGGUUCUUAUCUUCACAUCCUUUUCAGUAUAUAUACAAGAACACUUUACCUGAGAUACAGGCCAAAAGUGAAGUUUCUCUUCGGAAUCUGGCCAGUGAUCCUGUUUGAGCCGCUCAGAAAGCAUUGAUGACUUAUUCCACCAAGAAAACAAAAAAGCACCUACUAUAAGCCCAGCCAAAUGAAUAAGGAAAUCCUUAAAGAUCUACAUGUUCAAAUGUAUCAGGACUAUUACAGCAAAGGUGGCUUUCUGACUAACGCGUCAGCCGCACAGAGAAUGAGGAAUGGGGCUUGUUGGAUGUUUAGCUUAUGUCAUUAUCUCAUUGGUCCUCUUCCUUACCCUAAGAUGUUUAAAAAGAAACAACACGAUAUAUCUAUAUAUACUUGAAUGCCAGGAAAAUUGGGAUUUUCAUAACAGGUUAACAGUUUGUGCUUAUAAUAGGAAAUUUACCAUUUCCUCUUUUUUGACCAGGGUUGCAUGUGAACUAUACAUUUCUUAAUAGUUGGUUAAAUAAUGAAAACAGCUAGACUGGCAAACCCCAUGUCCAGAUGGCCAGCUAUAAACCAGCCCUUAGCUGUGUCAGCCUUGAUUUAUAUUUUUGUCAGAGUAACCUCAUGGAUGGUUUCCCAAGGUUAAAAAAAGAAGAAGAAGAAAAAGAGCUAUCAGUGGGGUUCUGGUAGUUUUUCACUGCUGCCUCUGUGCUACUCAGAGUAUGUUAUGAGCAAGCUCAGACCUGCCAUUGGGUUAUCACAUCCCAGCUCUGGCUUUCUGUGUGUAGCCACAGCCAGUCAGAGUAGGAGGGUCAACUUGCAGCCUUUGUGAAGGUUCUGAGGACACUGUACAAUGUGGUCUCCCCAGACAGUUACAGGCGUUUGUUCAGUUUCCUUUGUCACUGUUUUUAUGGCUAGGCAAACAUGAUUGGUGGUCUGGUCUACCUGUGUUCCAUCAUCCUAGCAUAAUUUAUGUGAAGUUACCAGUGAAUGUCAUUAUACUCUGACUUUUUAAAUUAUGCAAUUUUUCCCAAUUUUCAGAGAGGCCAUGGUUAUGCCCAGAGAAAUAUGUUGGGUUAACUAGAGCCAAAUGAUCAGGAUCCUAUUUACAUAAAGCUUAUUAGAAUACCUGCUCCUUCAUUUUCAGGUUUGAGAACAGCCCUAAUUUACUUGAACUUGUAACAGAACUCCCAAGAGAUAAAGUGCUGAAAUCUCAUUGUAAAGCAGCCAGUUCUAAUUUGGAUUUGAAUUAUAACAAAUUGUAUCACUUUUCACAGACAUAACACCUGUCUGGAUUUUGAGAUUCUAUUUGAUCCCCUUUAUUCAUAUAUCACCAUAUUUGUAGUCUACAGCAGUUAGCUUUUUCAUGACUUUUUCUUGCUUAUUCACUGUUAUAAAAUCCAGAGUGUGUUUCCACAUGGUUCCAUUAUCACAGAUGAAACCCUAAGCUAUAGCUUGAAACGGAGACAUUUUCUUAUGCAAAAGUAUUAACCACUUCUGUCAUUUUCCGGUGUUCAGUAAGCAGCCUUAGUACAAAUUCAAAACCAAUGCAAAUUUUAUCCUUUUUCACCUACUGGCCUUAGUUCUAGUCCAAAUGCUAUCUUCCUUAUGCCAUUAGGCAGAUAAUUCCACCUACUUUUAUGACUCUCUAGCUAGAAAAUCACUUGCCAAAACAUAAAUGUAACACAACUUUGGUCGUGCCUUAGGAAAACAUGAAACUGAACGGUUCCGACACACAGCCCACAAGUCUGUUAUUUCUUUUUCCGCAACAUUCAGACUCUGGCUACAUCUUAUGUGCAGCUACCUAGACUAUCGGCUCUCUUACAUUUUUUAAUGACUUCCAUUUGUCCCAUGCCAUUGCCUUUUGUAAUUUUCCUUCAAAAAGUAAAGAAUACUUCUGCAUAAAGAAUCUAUUUAGAAACAGGCGCAUCCUUAGUGAUAAUGCUGCUAAAUGCUGGGUGAUGGAGGAGCUGCAGUAUUAAAGUCAGAUUAAGGGUAUGGGGAGCACCCUGAGAGGGCCCUGCAGAGCAGUUUGUUGAAUGAAUAUUUCAACCAUCAGUGGUUGAAUGAAGUUGUCCAGCGCCUCACUGGAGAAGCCCACCAGUGGGUGACUUGUAACAUUAUGGCCAAUUUUUCAAAGAGGGGACUAAAUCCAAUCUCUCUCAUUUUCCAAGUUAGUUUUUGCUCCACAUGCCUCUCUUUUUUAGCAGCCUAAGUAUUAGCAUACUCAAGACAUUGUAUCUGUGCCACAGAUAGAUAGUAUUUGGAAAUACUGCUGACCUUCAGGAUAUUUGCUAAAUCGUCUUAUGUCAAUGGCUUUUUUCCUUCUAAGAUUCCGGGUGGGCAUUACAGGGUUGGCUUACCACCCUACUCCCUUCCCCUUAUUUUCUUAGACUUCCUGUUGACUAGAGUGUACAGAAAGCAACAAAAACAAACCUGUUUUCUACUGAGCAAAUAAUGGUUUGUUUGCAUAUCACCUGAUGUGAAAGGUGCUCAUCUGAGAGCCCUACAGCACAUUAUAUUUUA